AUGUAUGCUGCAGAGUUCACCACAAAUGCUGACCAGCACUAUUGCGAGUAUGCCAACUGUUUUAGCGGUCAUCCUGGCACUGUACCUGCUAUCACCUAUAUUGAGCACAAAGAUCCGAGCAAGCCCGGUAAAUGGCUUUGUGAAAAAUGCAGCCGAUACCAGCGCUCCAAGUUCACUACCAAGAAAAUAAGUGAUGCAGUAAUUCCAAAUACCUCGAAGCACGGUUUCGGCCAGUCUGAAUAUGAUGGUGCUGCAGUUCACAAGCAGACUGCAGAGGCGCAGCGUGGAAAAUCCCAACUUCCUGUUCGUGCAGUGGGGCUUAGUAUAUCAUGUGGGAUGCCUCCACCUGCAUUCAUCCCAGGUCCUGUUCACCCGAGGCGCGCCUCAGCAAAUCAUCAAUUUGUUCCUUUACCCAACUGGCCUGCAGCUCCUGGCCCCUCAGACAUCCACCGUGCAAAUCCAUUAGGGCCCAACAUAUCUAUUUAUGGUCGGGACCCUCAGUUUAUUGUGUACUCAGACCUUCUUCGAACUCUGCCACUCAAGCCUGGUUAUCAAGAUGCACAUAAAAUUUAUGAAGAGAUGCGAGACCGGCUUGCUCGACAGGCCUAUGCUUCGAGUGUUCCCGAAGUGGUAUGCGUCAAGGCAUACCUUGCAGUGAUGAUUCCACGGGCUAAAAAACCAACUCUAAUAUCUGAUAUAGUCGAGUCGAUCAGCAACAUCCCUUACCGUAUUGGUGCCAAUGACCUUAAAACUUCGGUGUACCUCACCCUACUUCCCAUGUUCAUCAAGUGGUCCAUGGGUCUUACUUUUACGUUUGAAGAGGCACGUUUGCGUCUUGUUAGUAGUUUCGAGGAGAUUCUUCCCCGUCCAUCUGGAGAAGACAUCAAUGCCAUAGCAUCCCACUUCCUCAAGACCAGGAACACGAAGCAGCAGUUCAACGCUGGCAAGGGGAUCGAACUUCACCUCAUUAUUCCACAUACAAAGUUCCUUGCCGCUGAGCAAAGUCCUGCAUUAGUACUAUCUGCGGUGUCCCCAUCAAAAAAUUUGCAAAAUGGCGUCCAAUGUUCGCCUCACCCUGUCAAGCGCAAAUUAUCAUCGCCUCCUGUCCCAUCCACGCCCCCUCAAAAGCCUCGGACUUUGGAUGCUGCAGUAUCUCCGGAUGUUAGUGCACUUCGCCGUGCACUUCAAGCGCAAGCUAUUCCCAUAUCCCAACCAAACUUACCCUUUCUCACUCUUCGCACGUUCAAGGCACUACUGCGGAUAAUCCCCCCCAUAUCACUAUCUGCUCUGAUUACUGAUCCAACCACUUCUGACAUAACAAAUACUACUGCCCCCCCAAUGCAGGCUACUCUUUUUUUCGAUCCACGAAGCAAACCGAAGUAUGGAGCAUUCAAAGCAGCACAAUUCGGCUUUCUAGACAAAGCUAUCCUUGGACCGUCUGGAUCUGAUUCAACUCGCAUCUGCUUAAAGCAGUGCUACUACCAGACCGACAAAUCCAAGCGGUUUCCUUAUCCCGAUUCUCAGCAACUACAGCUGCUGCAGCCAGAGAUUAGAUGCAGCAUAUGGGCAGGAGCACUCAUGGACCAGGUUCAGCAAUAUAUUGCCACGGAACUAGUGACUCGCAGCACACCUCCCUUCAAGAUUCCAAAUAUCCGCUUCGUGCAUAUUGCUCUUGCCACUAUCGAGGACGCUGGUGUUACCAAAACAUAUCUAAUUGAAGAGUUCAUUGACGAGUCCACGCAAGGGAAAUUCACCAAGUAUAUAUCCAACGACUCGCCUUCCCCACUGCCACACCUUGAUGCAAAUUCAAGUGAAAUUGCCCAGUACCUGUCAUUUGCACAACAUGUCCAAUACAUCAAGACCAAGAAACUUGCUUACGUUGCAGAUUUUCAAGGCUCGUCUUUAUUUUGGAUAUCUACACAUAGCUUAUUCGUUCUUGACAGGUGGAAGGAAUCUUUUAACUGA